AAGAAGUUUUAAAAUUUUUUGGGCCGAGCAGUAAAAAAAAUCAUAGUGUCUGUUUGAAAUGUAGCGGGGUCUAUCAGAGCACAAAAAUAGUUCAACAUUUUCGUAAACACAUUAACGAUGAGGCUCGACAAAAAGAAGAGAAGGAAAAUUCAGCAGAACGAUUUAGCAAAAGAUACGUAAUUGCGGCUGGUGACCCGUGGGGCCUUGCAAAAGUCCGCAGAUUACCCUCGCUAAAAAGUUAUUUCACCUUCCGCACCCAAGUGCUUUCUCACGGCUUUGUGGUUGACGAAAAAGGAAGAAAAAUGUCAAAAUCUCUGGGGAAUGUCCUAGACCCCGAGGAUGUUCUGAAACAAUUUGGGGCAGAUAUAAUUCGCUUAUGGGUAAUUAGUUCCGAUUUCAGCAAAGAAGUAAAAGUCAGCGUCCCCAUUUUAGAGAACUUGCGAGAAAGUUAUCAAAAAAUACGCAAUACUCUUCGUUUUUUGCUAGGCAAUUUAGCCAAUUUGCCGCCUAACCUAAAAAGUGAAAAAGAUUUAGCAUUUGAAUUACAUCCAGUGGACCAUUAUAUUCUUCAUAAAUUAGAAAAACUAACCAGCGAAAGUCAAAAAAAAUAUAGUGAAUACAAUUUUAAUCCUAUUUACACCUCUUUGUUAAAUUUUUGUAUUAAUGAUUUAAGUUCUUUCUAUUUUGAGAUUAUCAAAGAUAGUUUAUACUGCGAUAGCCUUUCUUCCCUGCGGCGACAGCAAAUUAUUGCUACUCUUUAUUAUCUUCUACAAGGGCUACUAAAAAUUAUUUCUCCGAUUUUUCCUUUUCUGGCCGAAGAAAUUUAUCAAAAUAUUCCCUUUUGUUUUGGUUUCGCCGGUCAAGAAAGCAUUUAUUUGGACAAUUAUUCGCCAACUUUGCCUUUCUCGCCUUCUUUGGAAAAAGAAAUAGCAAUAAUCACCAAAUUUUUUUUACCUUUGCGACAAGACGUUCACCAAGUCUUAGAACAGGCCCGGCAAGAAAAAAUUAUUAAUACUAAUUCUCAGGCUAAUUUGAUAAUUUUUUUAAAGGAAAAAAACGGACUAGAUUAUUCCCAACUAAAUUUAGAGGAAUUAUUGUUAGUAGCCAAAGUUGAAAUUAGAGACGAGCGAGAGGAUGAUGCAUGA